CCGACACUGUGGAAGUGGAAAGAAGAAACAAGCCAUUAAUGAAAGAGCAAAUCCUUUCUAAAGAAUGACUGUGAUUUACAGAAUAGACUUCCUGUUUUAUGCAUUAUGCAGAAAGUAAUCAGGGAAAUGUUUACUGAGGUCCCAGCAGGAGGGGACUGAGGGACCCUGUCUCAUAGAUUUGUUUUUUGCAGCUCCAAUCGUCGCCCCCUGCUGGUCAUUGAAAAGAAAAUACGGGUUUAGACCUUGCUGCUUGGCAAAUCUGGAAACUACAUCCAUCUUUUAUACUGUUUAUUAGCAACUGCAGGAAAGAAGUUCACUUUCAGCCUCUGGUUUGAGUUCCCAGACACUUACCGAGAGUUUUUUAAAAAUAAGAGGUGAUGCAACCCUGUGGUAAACACUGCUUCUUUGAAAUGUGCUGCUGGAAUCAGAUUCAAGUUGAGCGUGGGAAUUUAAAGGCUUUGCAGAUCACCUCUUUAUGUUUUCAUCUAAGUUUUCUACAAUGUCCAAACUUUUUUAGAGAUAGGGAAUUGUAGAUGUCUCAAUAAGAAUUAGCCUCUCGGUGGCUGUAUGUCUUAGUGACAGCUUAUCUUAAAGUACUGCCAGUGAGUUUGUGUCAGUGGGAGCUGGAAAAGUUGGAAAUAUGUGGCGCUGUUUAAAUUUUAUAAAGCUCUUGUUAAAAAGCAGUAAAGCUGCCUGGAUUGAUGUAUUUGGCACUUGUCUAACAAAGUUAUCUGAGGAUUUGAUAUCCAUGUGCACGAUUCAUUAACCACAUCACAGAUGUGGAUAUUAACUGAUGGAAAAGUGUCACACGGUGUGACCGUUAAGCUAAGAAUUUCCACACGCGCUUUGCGCUUAUCUAACGUAGCUUCGACAUCAGUGCCAGGGACAUCCCCUCGUCCAGUUUUCUUCCUAAAAUGGCCUUCAAACACGUCAUAAACACUUCAUCCUAAAAUGUGAUGAUUGCUUUUCCACGCGCUUCAUGGGAUGAAUUUUCAGGGCUGUUAUGUGAACCACAUGAGAUCCUGAAUCAUCGCGGUUGUUUCAGGCCUUUCAGGGUUUGUUCAUUGUUGUACAGCAACAGAACAUUGUGCUCUGCCAAAUGUGAUGUCAUUUAUAAUUGCCCCCCUUUAGAGCAUCAGCAGCACUCUGGUUCUGGCUGAGAUAUACAUAGCAGAUUUCAAAUUGGGUGACAUGGCAGAAAAGAUGUCUGCAUUAGUACUAAAACUGGGGCAAAGUGUGAAUCAAUGCUGCUGCCAUAAAUUGUCUUUGCAUCAUUAAGUGAUGCAGUAUGAAUCAUUUGUUUUCCUACAGCAACUGACGCAAGAACAUUAUAUUUUUUUUGAGUGGUUUGUUUUGGUGUUUUGUAAUCUACAUAUGAAUCUACAUAUGAAGUUAAAACACUGCAGGUUAAUAUUUUGCGUGAAAAUUGCUCUGAAGUUGUUUAUCACAGGGAGGGAUGGAAAGUUGAACUACCAGAUGCGCAGCUAUGUAAGUCAAAACCACAAUCUGAGACAUUGUUUCUUCUAACAAGCUCAUUGUUUCUAAGUAACCUUUGAGUUUUCAUUACUGGAAAAUAGCAAAGAGGAAAAAAGAGGAUUCUACAUUGUAGAAUGUGGUGUAACGUUAGCAUCUGCUUGUGGUUAGCUACAGGAUACUUGUAGGAAAUUCUAUUAUUGCAGUAAUUGGGGACAUUAACGAGGCCAUUAUGUGUGUAAUUAUACAUUUUUGACAUAGCAGAGGAGAAAAACAAAUGAAGGUAAAAUAUGGUGAACACGCUGAUGAAAUCUCUGCAAAUCUGGCAUCUGGACUCAAGAAUGAAUCGAUUCAGCGAUCACAGGGCGAGCUCGCUGUAGUCCAGGUGAUCUAAAUUUCACUAUCAGAUUCAGGACAGUGACGUGACAACAGCAGUCCCUUCAAGGUCCUUUAUACUCAAGGUUAAAGACAUUAAUACAGAGGCUCAAUACGGGACAACAUUCAAACAGAGCAUUACUUGGUGAAAGUGGGAAGGAAAAACUCCCUUUUAAUAGGAAGGAAGAAACCUCAGACAGAACCAAGCUCGAGGAGGGGGGCUUUUUUUGAGUUUUUGAGAUGUUGAUACAUUGCCAGAUGUUGAAGACCUUAAAGUGGGUCAAAAACCUUUAAAAAAAAAAAAAAAAAAUCUUGUAAAUUAUUUGAUACAUGAAGCCAACAUUUUGCAGCAGUCAUUAUAAAUGUCCAGUCUUUGGACCAUAACAGUUGGAGGUUUAAGGCCUGUGUUGUUUUGAGAUGGAAUGACCCAGUUACCGGUACUGGUAAUUUAGGGCAGCUGUGGCACAGACCUCACAUUGGGUGGUGGUCUAAUAAAUUUGUUAAGCACUGUAUCAAGUACACAUGUGCCUCUCAGGUGGACUUCAAAGAAGUAUAAUGGAAACCAGUAAUUGUCCACGGUGCCUCCAGCUGUCUGUGUCUGACAGACUGCAGUGUUCAGAGUCCUCUCAGUGUAAUACUGUCAAUAAUAAAGGUUCCCACAUUCAACUCUGUCAUGAUGCUACUUGUAAACUACAAAAAUGUCCAAAUGCAUUUUAUUCAUAACUAAGCAUUUAAAGACAAAAAUGCAAAGAGUAAUGUGGACUUUUGAAACAUUGUAAGAAAUAUCUUUAUACUUACCCAUGAAAACAAAUUGGAGAUAAAUGUUUGGUUCAUGAAUUUAUUGCCUUCCUUUGACUAAAGUUGCAGGUUGGUUUGCAUGAAAGCCGACUGUUAUGUGCAUGUGGAAGUUAUUAAGAGAAGGCUGAAGAUAAAGCACCGUUUGGUUUUCUGUAAAUCUCUUUAGAGUGGGAGCUUCCCACAGGGACUACUGAAUCAUAACCUGACACCAGAGACACGUCUGGUUCUGAAGCUCUAUCCCAAUCACAGGACGACUCAUCUCUUUGUGUAGAACAGACGAGGCUGCGUCAUCAGUUUACUUCCUCUGUUGGUUGCCUGCAUGGCCAGCCAGGUGCUUAUUCUGUUUCUCAUGAAAAUGUGAAAUGCAUCUUGCCCGCGUAUAGCGCCGCCGUGCUCACGGUAAUUUGUGAGCUUCUGUCACAGGGACACAAAGCGGCACUUUGAGUUAAUUGAUCGGAAUCCGUGUGGACACAGUUUGCGGUCCAGCGCGGGCUUUUUUUCUGUUUAUGUGUGUGUGAAGGGGAGCAGACAGAUGUGUUCAUUCAUAAUAAAUGCAGGUCACUUUACAGGCCUGGAGAACAUCUCCCUGAAAUGUUCCCACAAAUAAGUGGGCUCCUGGCUGACAUCAUCGCACACUGCAUGCAUAUGUGAACUGUUUCCUUCUGUUAAUGCAAUCAAAGCCUGCGCCUGAGUCUAUGUUCGCACAGAGCAGGCCGAAUCUGCUCGGUUACAUUAAAAACGUGGCUGUGGCUCAGCAUUAAAACAUUCAGUGUUUUUUAGGGAGACUGUCUGGGAACAUGAAAAUGCAUAAGCAGUCUCUGCUGCUGAUGUCCAACAGUUUCUCUAACUUUCUGAAACCGACAGCCUAACAUUCACAAUCAUCUCUCGCUUGUGUGGAGGUGAAAACCUACCCUGGAUAUUUUCUUUCAAGCUCUGCUCUUCACACUGUCUCUGCAACAAACUUUGAACAACUUAGGCCUUCUGUUGGCCUCGUAUUUAUGAUGAUGUAUGAUAUUAAAUAUCUCCAUUCAAUAGGACUGCUGGCCUUUGACUCGCUGGUAUAAACACUUUUCAUCUCUGGUGUUCUUUUUUGUAUAAAAAUUUCCUCGGGCAGUGUUCACAGCCAGCAUUAACAGAUCUGGACACACAGGUGUGAAUGCCAUUUUCAACUAACUCAGUCUGAGCGAUGCAGAUUUUAUAACGGACAUCUGACAAAAUGAUAGAUAUAGCUUAAAACGUUAUCCAGCAAUCACUCAGAGAAAGUAACGCCUACAAAGUAUCAAUAGAUGAUAGAGGAGAUGGUAAGCUUCACCAUAUAUUAGUUAAUUUUUGGCCUUUAUUAUGUAAUAAAUUGAACAUUAGAUAGAAAAAAUGGGGAGAGAGCAACAGCAAAGGCCCUUGGGUUGGAGUUGAACCUGCGCUGCUGCAUUUAGCCCUGCGGCAUGUGGUCACCUGCGAGCUAAACUGGUGCCCAGAUGUAGCUUACUUUAAGCUACAGUAAUAGUUCCUAUACAUCUAAUGCUAGGGGUGAAGUGAAGCAUGAUUAGUUUAUUUCUGCCGUGAAAGAGUUGGAUGUCAGGCAGACGAGCGGCGAUGACGCAUAUAUUUCUAGAGAAAGAAAAUGCUGUGAUUACCUUUAACAAAGAACCGCAGAAGACAGACAGGCUUGUGUCUCGUUUUAUUUCAGCAAAACGAUCUCACAAAGUUGCCACAGACAUGCGGUAAAGAUAGCGGCUGUACUUGAUACACUAUAUUACCAAAAUGAUUCGCUCAUCUGCCUUCACACGUGUAUAUAUCAGGCUGAGUGACAUCCCAUUCUUACUCCAUAGGGGUUUAUGUGAUGUUGGACCACCCUUUGCUGCAUUCCCAGCUCUGCACCACUGCCCCUGAUGCUUUGCAUUGUGCUUGCUGAUGUAUGCAGGUGUUUGGCCAUGGAAACCCAUUCCAUGAAGCUCUCUAUGCACUGCUCUUGAGCCACAUGGCGUUCGGAGGUCUGCAGCGACUGACUGUGCAGAAAGUUGGUGACCUCUGCGCACUAUGUGCCUCAGCAUCCCCUGACCCUGCGCUGUGAGUUUACAUAGCCUUUGUGGCCACUAACAGUUGAUUGCGGCGCAUUUAGUGGUGAAGAAUUUCAUACCUGGACUUGUUGCACAGGUGGCCUAUCACCACCCUGGAAUUCACUGAGCUCAUGAGAACAGCUAAUAUGGAUGGAUGUAUCAGUUUAUGGUGUUUAGGGCUGUUGCAGGCUACGUUCUUAAACUGAUGGAAUGUGUACACACACAUACUGGCGAAUUAGUUAAAGGAUGAAUUAACUGAUAAAUAAAAUACUAGAAUCUCAUCAAAAAUAUAUUAGCAACCAUGCUAAAAAAUACCAAUAGCUGAAUCACAGUGAAGGGUUCUGGUUCAAUCACUAGAAUUAGUGAAUGAGGCCUAGUCGACGCUGAUCAGUUACAGCUUCCUGUGCUAUAAAUCAAUGUGGCCACGCCCCUAACUACCUUGUCCAGUUGAAAAUCACCCCAUUCAGAGGUGUUAUAAAAUAGGAAGCUGUCAACUAUGUCCAAAACUGUUUUGGUCCCAUGCUGCAGAUAUACCUUUCAAUCCUCUAAAGUUGGAUAUUUUAAAAUGAGAGUGCAUGAGGAUGGACUCGCUGUAGGAGCCAACCUCAGGUGGCCAUCAGGGGAACGGCAGUUUUUUUUGUUGUUUGUUUGUUUGUUUGUUCUAAAAACUUUUGCUUUGGCUUUAAUUUUCAUCUCCAGAGCUUUUUAGUUGGGUGACUUGUUCAGAUAGAUUUUUUUGAUUUGUUUAAAUUUUUUAAUCUGUCUCAGGGAAUGAAAUUUAGUAGUGACCUCGCUCAGUCCCUCCCAUAGUCUGUUCCUCUGUCGGUAGGCUGAUCAGGUCGAUGUUGUGACAAAGUUUGACAGACUCAGACUCACCUGUCUCAGGCUGCAGGUGGUGAUGGUAGCCUAUGACCUUACGGCGUUAUGCAUCACAUGUCUCUUUGCUGAUUGUGUUUUGUAUAUCUGUGUACUGUCACACGUAUAUUCAUGGAGUCAUGUAGUCUUCUCACUAUUGCACUGCAUGUUAUGCAGCAGGAUUGGCCUUUUAAUGUUAAUGUAUACCAGUAAGAUUAGUAGGUUUAUUUUUGUUUCUAUCAGAAAAAUAAUUAGGAACUAAGGCUUUCAUUUAAGUGGAGUGGACUAAACACUCACUGUGCUGCAGGUAUUGCUGCUAAAAGAAAUCAGCCAAAUGUAAAGAUUAUGGCAAAGAAAUGAAAACUAAGAUCCAUCAGCCAGCGUUUGUUCUUUUUAAUCAUUACUACUAGUUUUGUUGAACCCUGAUUGUGGUUGUGAAAUGAAAGAAAACCACAAAAACUACCAGCUCAGUUUGUGUGGAGACCCAAACAGAGGGAAUUGACUUUCAAAUUCAAAUGUUUAAAUUUAGCUGUGCGGACAGAAGAACAUGCUGAAUUAUCCAAAAGAAGUUUCCAAGGCACAGAAAAUUGUGUUUUGUGCACCUGGUUUUACCCUGAACUGCUUCCUGUUGCUCUCUGGGCCGUCUGGAUGGAUAUAUUUAAUUUCCUGCCUUCAGAGACCCCACCCAUCUCUCUCACUUUUAUUCUCCCAUUUACUGUUUCAUGCACACGCACACACACGUUGUCUGAAGUGUCUUCAGGUCAAGUAGGCUGGAAAGAACUGUGAAACAUGCUGGAAAGUAAUUUGUGGAUUUGGGAGUCCCGCCUGAUCAGUGCUGCUGCCUGACCCGACCUGACCCUACGUGACUGAUGGUAUCGGAGCACGGCGGCCUGGGGAAAAGCUUCACAGAAAGGGGACUGCUUUUAAUAAUCUCAUAUGUGGUUUCCUCACCCAGCAUGCUGUUGAGGGAAUGUAUUAUCAGAGUUAGCCUGAGGUGAAAGGGUCUGGAGGAUUUUUUUCUCUCUCGUUCACGCUCAUACCCUUACAGUGCUUAUUAUCUCUUGUCCUCUUAUGUAGCGAGACAGCUGGCUUAAUCUGGCCUCUUGAAUUCAUCAGGUGUGAGGUCACAUCCGUGCCGGCCGCAGCGCCUGGGUUUAUUUCAGACGCGCGCACAGAUCCACAAACCUUCUGACAACUGUUCCCUGCAUUUUCCGAAUGAUGUUCCCAUGUUUCCCCACCCCCACUUAUUCUCCUUAUUCUUUUCCUGUAAGCACGUGUGCUUCUAUAGACGAGGGGUCACCAGUAGUCAACUCGCUUCUCCCUCCCUCCCUCUGGCUGCUGCAGUUAUCCACAGCCUGUCCUGUUGUUCGCAGGGUUUAGUCUUUCUGUUUGCUUUUUGUUCUGAAGUUGCCGGCUGCGUUCGAUGGAGGCAGAGGCCACUUCGUAUUUAGGCUUUGGCAGACAUAGAGCAGAGGAAAUGCUGGAUGGACCCUGGCUUGGAUUUUUCAUGCAUCACAUAACAGAGAUGGGAGUUAUUCAAAGACCCAUAAGGAGGAAAUGGUAACACAGACACACAGAGAGAAGAGGAUCGGUGCCUUCUGAGAAGUGUACUGGCUUCCAGCGUAAUGAGCAAUGUGUGAACUUGUUAACUAGGCCUAUUCUCUUUGACCUUAAUUUAAAUUGAGGAUUAGCCAUCUCAUCAGAGUUCUUGGUGGAAAGCCAAGGCUUGUUUUGCCUUGGGCAAAACUCAAAAGGAGGAUUGGGAAGGAAAGUAGCUGCUCAUCCCUCAGAGGAAGCUUUUGCAUAUUUCCUUUGGCAGGGAACUUGAAGCGAUUAAAAAGCGAAUUUAUUUGGAUUGACUUCAAGAAGAGAAAAACACACCACAUUUACAUUUUUUUCCGUAAUGGAUUUGGAUCAGUUCUGUACCUUAACCCGGGAGCGUCCUGUUUAUCUACCUGGAUUCAGCUCAUCAAAGGAUCCAAGAAUUUAUUGAUAAUCUCUGCGUUCCCAGGCAAUGGAGCUCCGUAAGAGGGUGAAGCCAAAACAUGGCCUUUCACAAGAUGCGCCGUCUGAAGGCAGAUGUAACCAUAACGCUCUGUCGGGAACGCAGGAGGGGGGUGAAGGAGGGGUUUCUCUGCUUGGGCGAUCCGGUUCCCGUUCCCAUUCCGGUUCAGGCGUUUCACCCCUGCGGCCUUGGCAACAGUGCGUUUUCAUGGCAGCAGGGCUGUUAGCGGCUGUGCUGCUGGCACUGACUCAGGCCUGGUGUGUGAACGGCUUACAUGAGAAUCUGCUGUGGUUCUCGCAGCUCACGGAAGUGGAGAGGGAGAUCUCCUUUCGGACAGAGUGUGGACUAUACUACUCCUACUAUAAACAAAUGCUGCACGCCCCAUCAAUACAAGAAGGGCUCAAAGAAAUGAUCCAUGACAACUUGACAGAAUCCAAGAGGACCAUUAACCUCUUGCAGCGAAUGAAUAUCUACCAAGAGGUCUUUCUCAGUGUUCUCUACAGAUUGUUGCCCAUACAGUCAUAUUUGGAGCCCGUGUACUUUUAUAUUUACACAGUGUUCUCGCUCCAAGCUGUGUAUGUGAUCGCUUUGUACCUCACAGCGUGGCUUCUGUCUGGCUCCUGGCUUGCUGGUGCGCUCACCGGGGUCUGGUACAUCCUUAACAGGGUAGAUACUACUCGUGUAGAGUUCACCAUCUCCCUCAGAGAGAACUGGUCUUUGCCCUUCUUAGCGCUGCAGGUCGCCGCUAUCACCUGUUACCUCAGACCCCAGCUCACCACAUUACAGCAGAAGGUGAUGGUGUGGCUGAUGUAUGUGACGACGUUCUGUUUCUGUCUGACCUGGCAGUUCAACCAGUUCAUUCUACUGGUUCAGGCUCUCGUCAUUUACACCCUGGACUGCGGUGACUUCUUAACAACUACACAGGUGACUACGCUGUACCUCGUUCAAGUGAGCAGCCUGCUGAGCGUGUGGUUCCUCCAGUUCUGUAACUCCAUGAUACUGGGAUCACUGGUCCUGAGCUUCAUAGUAGCCGCGCUCUUCAUCAGACAUUGCCAGCCUGGUGUAAAGACUGGAAGCCUGGUGGUUCGUUUGGGCAAAGUUCUUCUCCACAGUGCCCUGGUUCUCCUCCUCACCGUCACCAUCAACUACCUGGCCAAGAAAGCCCUCCAGCUCCAAUCAGACGAGCACAUCUUUAAAUUCAUCAAGUCAAAGUUUGCUCUGGGUUCGACCAGGGAUUUUGAUGCCAGUCUGUAUCUGUGUGAGGAGGCCUUUGGCCUGCUUCCCCUGGACACGCUCGAGCGCCUGGCCGGUACCCUGCUGCUGUACCCCUACGUCCUCACGCUGCUUCUGCUCUGUGGCAUGUUGGUGGCGGCAGCACUCCAAAACCUGAGCAGGCCUAACAGAGGUUCCACCGAGGAAAAGAAAGGAGCCAGAGAGGGGCAAGUGGCGGCAUUUCGUCCAGAUGUGGCCUACAAUCUGCUGCACACGCUGUUCUACGGCCUCCUGGCUUUCAGCACAAUGAGAAUGAAGUAUAUAUGGACUGGCCACAUGUGUGCGGUCGCAGCCUACGGUGUCUGUGGGACCGAGCUGUGGACUGUGCUUCUCAGCGCUCUCCGAUUCAACACGAAACUUCUGUUGAGGCUUGUCAGAUAUGUCGUUCCUGUUGUGAUGAUCGGUUUCCUGUAUUACAAGUUCUGGCCUAAGCUGAUGGAGGAGUUAUCAGAACUGAGGGAGUUUUAUGAUCCAGACACCGUGGAGCUCAUGACCUGGAUUAGCACAAAGACACCCAAACAGGCAGUAUUUGCUGGAAGCAUGCAGCUCCUGGCGGGUAUCAAGCUGUGCACAGGCAGAGUUCUCACCAACCACCCCCAUUAUGAAGAUAAAGACCUGCGGGAGCGGACCAGACAGGUGUAUCAAGUGUACGCUCGCCGCUCCCCAGAGGAAGUACACGAUAUCCUGAAGGCUAUUGGAGCCGACUAUGUGGUGUUGGAAAACAGCAUCUGCUAUGAGCGGAGGCACAGGCGGGGCUGCAGACUGCGGGACCUGCUCGACCUGGCCAACGGACAUAUCAUGGAUGGACCUGGAGAGGAUGACCCCGACCUCGUCCCUGCCACCCACCCUCGUUUUUGCGAUGCCAUCAAGACGGACGCGGCAGCUUACAACGCUCUCUUUACCAGAACAUUCCAGAAUAAAACCUUCCAUGUCUACCGGCUCAAGAAGAAACGCAAGAAAAAUACGAAGGGCUCAUCAGAGCCCAGCGUGACUCAGUAGCAGGACCAGGGCUGCAAGACAACCCCAGCAGAGGCCAGAGGGGAGAGAGGAGGAGAGGAUGAAAUAAAAGUGCUGAAUCCUUGCUGUUCCUCUGUCUCCUCUGUGCACUGCGCCCAGCUGUGAUCAUGGCCAUUAUUUCUUCAACACGUGGCUCUUCGGACGUGCUAUUAGAACAGCGGGGCCAGUCUGCACUUUGGGUGGAGUGUGCAAAUUUAGGAUUCCUGCUUCGGGCUGUUCUACGUCCACUCAUUCAGCCGCCGUCCACCCCCAAAAAAGUUUAGAUGACUAAGUGAAACUUAAAGAUUGAAAUACAGAGAAGUCGUAUGUAUUUGCAGCUGAGUUCUUCUUUGCCAAUGAAAGUAGGGGCAGAAAUCGAAGAUUUGUUGAGCUCUUCAUUUGUAGGGAUUUAAACUGACUUUAAAAAAAACAUAAGAUCUAAAAGGUUCAGUUUCCACUGUAGUUCAGUUGUUUUAGGAGUAGACAUCAGCCGACAUUAAGUGUAAAUGUCUAGUUUAUAAAGUUUCAUAAAUAACCUCAAAAAUGAUACAACUGAAAAGAUUAAAGUCAGUUAGGAGAUGAUUUCUUUUUCAGAACUGACCGACGUGUUGGUUCUUUCAGAUGGGCAGCGAGCAGCUCCGGUCAGUAUGUUUCAGCCAUGUUAGUGUAAAGGAAGCUGGUCAUCGGCCUCAUUACAUGUUCUCAUAUUAAUAAUUGAACUGUGCUUGAAUUUGAUUCAUUAAACAUCCUGAACAUAAAAACAUGCUUAAACAGGUUGCCAUAGUCCCAGUGGAAACUCGUGCGACUGUUUAAUCUUACUGUUACUAGUAUUACUUCUAGCAUCACUGCUGUCAUCCUGUCAUCCUAAGCUCUUCUACCCACAAGCCUAACAACCACGUGCCAAACCCCAACUUAUCCUCACUCUGAACCUACUUUAAGCCUAAAACCAAGUCGUAGCCCUCAAACAGGUCUUUGAUCUUCUCUACAAAAUGUCUCAAACUAAACACAAACUUACAUUUAGGCUUUCAUUUAAUUUUUAUUUGUGGUCUGUGAGCGUGACUUCAGUCACUGUGAUGCAGGUUGGAGAAGUUGUUCUUGAGAAAGCCGCAGUCUGCCUGUUCUGCACAGCUAGCUGUUAGACAGACACACACACACACACACACACGCACACACAUUUAGUCAGUGUGUCCUUACAGCUGUCAUCUUUAUAAUUACCUUCCUAUGAUGUGUCUGGGAGACAUUUCUACAUGGUAGCUUCAGAAUAACCUGGAUCACACACUCUUUGAACAUACACACUAUUUAAAUUACUGUCUUAUCACCAGAACAUCAGUCCCAGGAGAGGCCAUGUACCAGAUACACAGCGGGUAAUGGACUUUGUUAGACCACCUGUUAUAAAAACAGAGCACACAAAUGUUUUAGAAAUCUGUCCAAAAAAUGUAUUUUUAUUUAUUAGGCAAAUAAACUGUAUCCAAAUCUGAGCCGAGACACUGGACUUUUCACAGAAGUCUGAAUUUCAUCAAACAUUCAGCCACUAAAAUUGAUUCUUCUGUAACUUUAAUGUGUUAUUAUUAAUUUUUUAUUAAUCUUUUCUGCCUUUUUGUAAAAGUAAAAUUUGAAAAUUCAUGGAUCAAGACAAUAACUAUUAAAAGCUUGCGCGUCAGAGCUUGCAGAUACUGUCGAAUUAACCAUUACACAAUCAUAAAAAUGUAUUUUGGUAAUAACCAAUACUCUUUGUUUGGUCUGGCGGUGGUCUAAUAAAUCUGUUAAGCUGUGUAGCUUCUCUGUUUGCAGGAUUUUUGUGGUUUUCUACUCUGAUGAUCAGUCUGAGAGCUGCUAGCUGAUGAGCUCAGUUUAGCUCCCACCCCUUUCUCUUGAUGUUACUGUACCGUGGUAUUUUUUUUCUCAGGAUUGUACAUAAAAAGAAAUUAUUGAAAUUAUUGAAAAGAAGGUUUAAGAAAAAGUUUGCUAACUGUCUCGUCAGCUUCCACUAACUUUCAGCAUAACAUGCCUCUUGCUAUAAGAGCAGAUCAGUAGAGUUUAUGGUGUUACAGAGAUAAUCAUAAGCUGUUGCAGGCUCAUUAAAUUGACAAUUUAUUGCUUCUACCAUGAAUUACUUUAACUGCCAAAUUUCCGGUAUCCACUAUCGGGCCCCUGUACAGCUACUACACAGGUGGACCUGCUGUGGGAAGAGUGUAGGACUGGGCUGUAUCCCAAUUCAGGGUCUGCAGCCUUAAAGUACGCAGCCUUAACGGUCCUCAAGGGCCGCGUCCUCAAAGACCGGUAAGGCCAGAAGUGCGAGGCUUGUGAAAUGGGACGGUCUAGCCUCCGUCGCGCUGCCCAGGUUGCCUAGCAACCGUGAUACUAACAGCUGGAAACGUGUCAUACAGCU